GCUAUGAGCUACGCACUGUAGGAUUAUUUGUGGCUGAACUGCAGCGGUGUGUUGAUAACAAAGCUGGCAAAAAUAUAUGUGACUGUGUGGUAAUACCGCUGUGGCGUACGAGAUCUGACGUUGGGUAAACCACACCUAAGAGUUUGGUCAGGCCAAAGCCUAGUGUUUGGCUGGGUCUGAACAUGGCUCUGUCAUUCCUUUUGGUCUUGGCUGCAACUGUGAUUCUUAUCAGACCCGAGACACCUGUAACAAAGGCCCUACAUCAGAACUCACUUGAGUGCUGUGGCGAGAAACAGAGAGUGAACAGUUCAUGCUCAAACGACACCCACUGUGAACCAGGAUGCUUCUUGCGUGUCCUUGAGAACAGCAACACUGUUUGCAUAUUCUGUGACUCAGCAGCUGUGGAUUUGGACAACAUAACAGUCUGCACCUACAACUAUACAGUGGAGAGGAGAAAUCACACAACUGUAACUACUGUCAUUCCUAAAAUCGGAGGGCCGGGUGUGGCAGCGUCUCUUCUUCUGGGAACACUGUUGAUCAGCCUGUUCCUGAUCCUCUCUGUUGCCUCCUUUUUCUACCUCAAACGCUCAAAUAGGCUACCAAGCAUCUUCUACCGCCGCAACAAGGCCUUCAUAUUCCAACCAAGUGAGACAGCUGUCAUGAUCCCGUCGUCGUCAGUGAGGAAGCCGAGAUAUGUCAGAAGGGAGCGGCCCUCUGCAACAUCGACACUGAAUAGUGCCACCGUACCCACCACAUCCACCACUCAAGACUAUAAUGUGUAGGAGGAAGGGUGGGAGUGCUGGUGCAGGUAGGAGAGAUCGCUCAGGAACGAUGUCACAUUUUCUUAUCAUGUGAAGGUUCAGCAGUGUGAAGGAAGAGCAGCUGACUCGAACAUAAAUGGCCAAAUUUAACUGUAGCUGCUUCUGCUGCUUUCUUGCCACCGGGGCUGUUAACUCUUUCUGUAUUUAACAAGAGUGCGAUAUUGAAAACGAUAAACAUCCAGAAACGGACCUGGCAACUUCUUGAAACAGCCCCUGACUUGUUCAUAUUGAAUUAGUUUUUUCACACGACAGCUUAAAGAGCCAAUGUAUUUUGCAGCACUUCAGCAUCACUCCUUUGUUUUUAAGUCUAAUCACUGUUAUUAAAUAGCUUUUAUCUGCUGUUUGCUACUGUGUGUUUAGCUGAGUUCCAGAAUCUAAGUGAUGUUUUCAUGAAUAUGUGGACCUGGUCUGUUUAAGGAAUAGUUCAACAUUUAAGGAAAUAUACUGACUCGCACAUGUUACAUGUUAUAUCUCUUUUAAUCUGAAUAAAAACUGAAGUGAAAAUAAAACAGUUCCUCCAGUGUACGGGCCGGACUGUUUCAGAGAUUUAUCUUUUUGCCAUGUUGGUUUUUGUCCGGAUUAAACAAAUGAGAUAUAACAGUGAGCAUAAGAGGCGCUGGUAGAUUCAUUACAUUUGAACACAGCCAGGCUAGCUGUUCCCCCCUGUUUCCAGUCUUUAUGCUAAGCUAAACUAACUGGCUGCUAGCUGUAGCCAUAUUUGAACAGACACAAGAGCAGUGUUGAUAUUCCCAUCUAUUACACUCUCUGCAAGACAGCAUAUUUCCCAAAAUGUCAAACUGUUCUUUUAAAGCAAAGAUGAAUUGAGCCAAGCUGAUUUUGUGUGUGUGUUUGUGUGUGUGUGUGUGUGUGCAUGCGAGCGUGGGAGGGGGACUAAGUGACAGCCCAGUGACAUUUGAUAGAAGUCUGGGGGGUUUUUUUUGUUUUUUUUUAAUGUGUGAUAUUUAUUUGCAUUUUGUAACUGUGCACUGAGUCUUACUGAUUACAAUCAACAGAACAACAGAGACAGCACAACAGAAUAAAUGAUGCGUUUAAUCGGGACACUUAAGGGAGAGUUGCUGGAGGCCCUGUAUGGAUGAUUGUUUGAUUGCAUCUUGUGAUUUUAUGAUUGCAUUUUGUAUUUAUUAUUUCUAUGAGCUUAACCAAGGUGAAUGUAUUAGACGUGUAAAACAAGUCAUGCAUCAAAGCCAAACGCAUCAUGAAUUACAUUCCACAACAGAACCACUCAAUUAGGAAAGAUCGAAAGUCAUUUUAAACAACAAAAUCAUGUUUUUUUUCAUAGUGAUCCUACAAAAGCUGUUAAAAUACUAAUUUUGUUCGAUGAAGUAAAUUUAAAUUCCAACAUAUUUUUCUCUCGAAGUAUAAAAUUACUGAACCCUUGUGCACUUUAUUUGUCUGAGGUCAUCAGCUAAUUUUUAGAAGAAUUACCCGAAAUAACGUGUUGCCGUCAAGUGUCAUUGCGGCUUUUUUUUUUUGUUGUAUAGAUGGCAACAUUAUUGUUGCAUUGUGAACGUUACUUGACUACUUUGCCAAAUGUUGUCUGAAGAAAAUGGCUUUUACUGUGUGCCAUUACUGUGAUUACUGUGCCAUUAUGAGCUUUAAAUGCAGCCAGGAAACGUUUCUUCAUGGCUUGAUGAAUAAUUGGGUAUUUGAUUUACAUCCAGUGGCCUUUACUGUACACAAUUCUAAAAAAGGCUUGUGAUCCAAGUUUUAUUCGCUACAUGGCAUUUUAUUUCUUAGUUUUGUUUUUGUUUUUUUAUCUUGACAGCUCUAAGGCUUUAAAAAGUUAAUUCCACCAUCAGUAUAUGUGAAGCCAUAUAAGGUGAACAAAAGGCAGCGAUCAUUCCUGAUUAUUCCCCUUUUUGCUUCAUGCUGUCGUACUGACAACCAUAAGCUGAAUACAUGUACAUAUUGUUUUAUACAAAUGAUGUAUUGUUUUUUGUAAGGAUAUCCGUAUUCUAGUUUCAGUGCCAUGAAAAAUGUUCUGAAGAUGUUUGGAGAAAUAAAGCACCUUUCCAUAACCUUUGUUUCCCUCUGUGCAGUUGUACAGACACUAGUUAGCUUCAUAUUGUUCAAAGACAAAUUUGACUAGUUUUGAUACUGUAUGUUUCUUUUGUGAUUCCUGCUGCUAAUAAUAAACAAUGCCUCACUGUGUG